AUGGCGAAGCGGCUCUCCACAGCUCCGCUUUCGGCAAAAAAGUUGAGAAACACGACGCUAAGCCCUGAGUACAGAGUCGAGCAGUUCCCUCUUGACUUUUACGUGUCAGAACUUUCAGAUGUGGAACCCAACCUUUUCCUGAGGCCUUUCCUUGAAGUUGUGCGCUCUGAAGAUACCACUGGGCCCAUCACCGGCCUCGCCCUUACCUCUGUAAACAAGUUCCUCUCAUAUGGCCUUAUAGAUUCUAACCAUGAAGCUGCUGCAGAGGCCAUCGAGAACAUGGCGGACGCGGUCACGCAUGCUCGAUUCGUGGGAACAGACCCUGCAAGUGAUGAAGUGGUCCUGAUGAAAAUCCUGCAGGUUCUUCGGACUCUGCUGCUGACGCCAGUUGGAGCUCAUCUGACCAAUGAGUCUGUGUGUGAAAUCAUGCAGUCGUGCUUCAGAAUCUGCUUUGAGAUGCGCCUCAGUGAGCUCCUGAGGAAAUCUGCAGAACACACACUGGUGGACAUGGUGCAGCUUCUGUUCUCCAGGCUGCCUCAGUUCAAAGAGGAGGCAAAGAGUUAUGUGGGAGCCAACAUGAAAAAGCUAAAGAUGCGUGCUGGAGGGAUGAGCGAGUCGUCCAAAUGGAAGAAGCAGAAACGUUCGCCUCGGCCGCCUCGCCACCUGCUCCAGAGUCCCUCAGACCCAGGAAACCCCAGCAGCCUCAGCAACAACCUCUCAGGCGGCGUCCCGUUUAUGGAGCAGGGCUCCUCUACCUCCAGCCUCGCCGCCUCAGACAGCGCCGGCUCCUCCACAUGCAGCCCCACAGCCACAGACAGCGGUCUGGAUCCGGGCUCUAAAGCCACCUCCAGGGAAGAUCUCUCUGACCUGGAGCAGCCGCCUGUAAACCCCCCCUGCUCUGCUACCUCGCUGCCCGCUACCGAAUCCGGCUCUUCUCACGCACAGUCUGAGGGGGGGCAGGCUGACGCGACGCAGGCCGUUUCUGUAGAAUCCAUCCCUGAAGUUCUGGACGACAAAGACUCCUCGGAUACCACGUCUGUCCACGACAUGGAGUAUGUGAACCCUCGUGGAGUCCGGUUCACUCAGUCCACCCAGAAAGACGGAGUUGCCCUCAUUCCGUACGGCCUGCCAUGUCUACGGGAACUUUUCCGCUUUUUGAUCUCCCUCACCAACCCUCACGACCGCCAUAACACCGACGCUAUGAUCCACAUGGGCCUGCAGCUUCUGACGGUGGCGCUGGAGUCUUCACACAUCGUGAAUUACCAGUCGUUACUAGUCCUAGUGAAAGAUGAGCUCUGCAGGCAUCUGUUUCAGCUGCUGAGUGUGGAGCGGAUGAACCUCUAUGCUUCUUCCAUGCGAGUUUGCUUCCUGCUUUUUGAAAGCAUGAGGGAACAUUUGAAGUUCCAGCUAGAGAUGUAUCUGAAGAAACUGAUGGACAUCAUCACAUCAGAGAACGCCAAGAUGCCCUAUGAGAUGAAGGAGAUGGGUCUGGAGGCUCUGGUCCAGCUCUGGAGGAUCCCCAGCUUCGUCACUGAGCUCUACAUCAACUAUGACUGUGACUUCUACUGCUCCAAUCUGUUCGAAGACCUCACCAAGAUGCUGUCCAAGAACGCGUUCCCUGUGUCGGGACAGCUCUACACCACCCACCUGCUGUCUCUGGAGGCCCUCCUCACUGUCAUUGACAGCAUUGAAGCCCACUGCCAGUCCAAGGUGGUUAGCAUGGCCCAGCAGGAUCAGUCAGACACGCUGCUAGCAGAAGGAUCGUCGUCUAAUGGAACAGACCUGAUCACAGAUCCCGGUGUUCCCAACAGCUGUCCGCACACCCUGCAGGCGUCGGGGUAUCCUCCUACCAGUGGAUACCUCAUGGCGGGGAAGAUGAAUCUGGGCAGAGACGACCACGGAGACGCUGAAACUGCAGAGAAGAAGGCAACUAAAAAGCCCCCCCGUUUCUCUUCCUGUCUGCCGGAUCCGCAGCAGCUGAUGGAGAUCAGGACCAAGAAGAAACUUCUCAUCACAGGGACCGAGCAGUUCAACCAGAAGCCGAAGAAGGGGAUCCAGUUCCUCCAGGAGAAAGGCCUGCUGAGCGACCCGUUGGACACCAAGCAGGUGGCGCAGUGGCUGCGGGAAAACCCGCGUCUGGACAAAAAGAUGAUUGGGGAGUACAUCAGCGACCGAAAGAACAUGGAGCUCCUGGACAGCUUUGUGAACACGUUUACCUUCCAGGGGCUCCGCAUUGAUGAGGCCCUGCGGCUCUACCUGGAGGCCUUCAGGCUCCCUGGAGAGGCUCCCGUCAUUCAGAGGCUCCUGGAGACGUUUACAGACAACUGGCACAAAGUCAAUGGAUCUCCAUUUAUGACCAAUGAUGCAGGCUUUGCUCUGGCCUACGCUGUGAUCAUGCUGAACACCGAUCAGCACAACCACAAUGUCCGCAAGCAGAACAUCCCUAUGACUGUGGAGCAAUUCAAGAAAAAUCUAAAGGGAGUCAAUGGAAACCAGGACUUUGACCAGGACAUGUUGGAGGACAUCUACAACGCCAUCAAGAGCGAGGAAAUCGUGAUGCCGGACGAGCAGACGGGUUUAGUGAAGGAGAACUACGUCUGGAGUGUCCUGCUGCACCGCGGGGCCACGUCUGAGGGGAUCUUCCUCCACCUGCCCCCCGACAGCUAUGACCUCGACCUGUUCACCAUGACCUGGGGUCCCACCAUUGCUGCUCUAUCUUAUGUCUUUGACAAAAGUCUGGAUGAAAGCAUCAUCCAGAAGGCCAUCACUGGCUUCAGAAAAUGUGCAAUGAUUGCUGCUCACUACGGCUGCAGCGACGUGUUCGACAACCUGAUCAUCUCCCUCUGCAAGUUCACCACUCUGGCCAGUGAGGCUGUAGAAAACCUACCCACCGUGUUCGGCAGCAACAGCAAAGCUCAGACGGCUGCCAAGACCGUCUUUGAUUUGGCUCAUCGGCACGGGAACAUCCUGAGGGAAGGCUGGAAGAACAUCAUGGAGUCCAUGCUGCAGCUCUUCAGAGCCCAGCUGCUUCCCAAGGCCAUGGUGGAGAUGGAGGACUUUGUGGAGCCGAACGGGAAAAUUUCCCUUCAGAGAGAAGAGAUGCCUUCCAAUCGUGGAGAAUCUGCAGUGUUGAGUUUCAUCAACUGGCUGACGCCGAGCGGAGCUGAGCAGUCGGGACUCAGAGGGCCAUCCACAGAGAAUCAGGAAGCCAAACAGGCGGCGCUGCUCUGCAUUAAGGAAUCUGACCCAGAGAAAUUGAUCACUGAGAGUAAAUUCCUCCAGCUGGAGUCUCUGCAGGAGCUCAUGAAGGCCCUCAUAUCCGUCAGUCCAGAUGAGGACACCUACGAUGAAGAGGAUGCUGCCUUCUGCCUGGAGAUGCUGCUGCGGAUUGUUCUGGAGAAUAGGGACCGCGUGUCAUGUGUCUGGCAAACGGUACGGGACCACCUGUAUCACCUGUGUGUUCACGCCACGGAGAGCUGCUUCCUGGUGGAGCGAGCCGUGGUGGGUCUUCUUCGGCUCGCCAUCCGCCUGCUGCGGAGAGAAGAGAUCAGCUCUCAGGUCCUUCUCUCUCUGCGUCUACUCCUCAUGAUGAAGCCGCAUGUGUUGUCCAGGAUGAGCAGGGAGAUAGCUUAUGGCCUCCAUGAGCUGCUGAAGACCAAUGCAGCUAACAUCCACUGUACAGACGAUUGGUACACACUCUUCUCCCUGCUGGAAUGCAUCGGAGCAGGAGUCAGACCUCCGGCCUCCUUCCAGCUCAGCUCCUCUACCACCGACCAUGAAACAGGCGCUCAGUCAGACAGCGAGCUGUCGUCUCAUCAUUCCAAUGAAGUGAGUUUAGACCGUGGCUACACGUCUGACUCGGAGGUUUACACGGAGCACAGUAAGACUCGGAUACCUCGCUCCACUACUGAUGUGGACGUAGCCAGCAGCGGAUGGCUGGUGGUUGGGAAAGAUGAUCUAGAGAUGGCGAAGCCCGGCCAAGGCGGCGCCAAAGCUCAGCUGAAUCACCCGCUGGUCAACCAGUACAGCCUGACUCUGGGUCAGGACCUCGGCCAGCACGACACUAAGUCCCUCAUCAAGUGUGUGGAAACUCUUUCCUUCAUCGUCCGCGAUGCCGCCCACGUCACGCCGGACAACUUCGAGCUGUGCGUUCGAGCCAUCCGCGUGUUUGUGGAGGCCAGCCUGAAUGGAGGUUACCGCAACCACGACAAGAAGAAAAACCACAAAUACGACUCCAAGUCCAGGACGAGGAAGAAGCCUGCGGGUCGGGACCGAGAGGCGGGGGGUGGAGCGAGGCGAGGAGGGGGCCGAGUGUCGAGUCAGCGUCCAUCUCGUUCUCACAGCGAUGAUGAGGAGGAUGAAGGCGUGCCGGCCAGCUAUCACACCGUGUCUUUACAGCUGUUGGACCUGAUGCACACUCUUCACACCCGGGCCGCCAGCAUCUACAGCUCCUGGGCGGAGGAACAGCGCCACCUGGAGGCCUCUGGGAAAAAGAUAGAAGCUGACUCUCAGACAUUGUGGACCAGCUGCUGGUGUCCUCUGCUGCAAGGCAUCGCCUGGUUGUGCUGCGAUGCCAGGCGACAGGUCCGCAUGCAGGCCCUAACUUAUCUCCAGCGAGCCCUGCUGGUCCACGAUCUGCAGACGCUGGAUGCAGCCGAGUGGGAAUCCUGCUUCAACAAGGUGAAACACUGGGAUCAUUUCUCAGGUCCUAGACUAGUGGAGAAAAAGUAUUCAACUAUUCUGAAUCUGAUCCUGUGUAGCUUGUUUGCUAACCUCCGGUGUGUUGGGCUCUUCCAGGUCUUCCUGCAGCAUCUCUCUCCUCUGCUCUCACUGCCCACCUUCGCUGCCCUCUGGCUGACCAUUCUGGACUUCAUGGACAAGUACAUGCAUGCAGGAUCCAGCGACUUACUGCUGGAGGCCAUUCCUGAGUCUCUGAAGAACAUGUUGCUGGUGAUGGACACUGCAGGGAUUUUCCGCAGCUCCGACUCUCGGACCGGAUAUUCGGACCUGUGGGAAAUAACGUGGGAACGCAUCGUGUGUUUCCUCCCCAACCUCAGAGAGGAGCUCUUCAAGCAGACCGUUAUUCCAGAUGCGGCUCCUGCUCCUCAGGCCGAGCCGGCGCAGUCUACACCAGCAGCGGAAGCAGCCGCCCCCCCUCAGUUGGCCCCGCCUCUUUCCCAGCCCUCCCCGUCCAUCCUGAUGGCGACGACAUCCACAGAGACGCCGGCGUCGGUUAACCCAGAUUCCAGCCAGGAGCCUGUGGCGGCGGCAGCUGCCAGCGGCUCCGAUAGCUCGUCUCCGGUGACGCCAUCGCCAGGAACCUCUCCUGCUCGCUCUCCCUCCCCUCCAACUCAGUCCCCUCUCAUCCUGCAGCCGCUGGCGUCUCCCCUGCAGGUGGGCGUCCCCCCCAUGCCUCUCCCCAUCAUCCUGAACCCCGCCUUGAUCGAAGCCACCUCCCCCGUGCCGCUGCUUCCGGGGCCCAAACCCGCCGCCGCCGCCGCUGCUGCCGAGGACUUCCAGUAGGAGAAAUCCCCUCAGUGGCGUUUUGCUGCUUCCAUGGCAACAGCGUCACCUGCUUCACAGCUUGUUUAGGUGUACAUAUGGGACACUGUUCAGAUGUGCAGGUUGUUUUCUCCGUCUCUCUCUCUCUGUCUGUCUGUAUUCUCUAACUCUCAGCAGAUGUGGAGGAAAGUAACUCUAAUCCAGGAGGACGGCUCUGAAAAAACAAACGUCUCCUUUUGUAAAAAGAUAAAAGAGAUCUGGGGUGUUUUGUUUUGUCCACCGAAUCAAAAAAACUGACUUUAUUCGCUGUCUUCAGAUAUUUUAAAGUUAUAACAGCAUGUAUAUUUUAAACUGAGACAA